GUAAUGUAAUUCAUGUGAUAAAAAAUUGUUAUUAAUAUUAUUAUAAUUUAAAAAUAUAUAAAGAAAAUAUUUUCAAUUGCCAUAAAUGACACUAUAUAUUUGAAAAUUUAAAAGAAGAGAAAGGACAUUAUGUUUUCAUUGCGACAAAUAAUUCGAUGCGGAAUGCAACUGACACUUACGAGAAAAUUUACAAAUUUACAUCAGAUCUCAUUGAUUCGAAAAGAGAAAUUUAAUGUUGAUCUACGUGAUUCAAUUUUUAUUCGAACGAAAACCAAUCUUUCUGAAUCACUAGAAAAAGAAGAAGUUAACAAAGAUGCUAACAAGAAGGUGCUUGGCAAAAUUGAAGCUAAAAUCAAAGUGAUGUUUACAUGUAAAAAGUGUAAUUUUCGAAAUGGAAAAAUUAUAUCGAAAUUAGCUUACGAAAAAGGAUUAGUUAUAAUUCGUUGUGAUGGUUGUAAAAAUAACCAUUUAAUUGCUGACAAUCUUGGAUGGUUUGAGGAAUUAAAAAAUAAGCGAAAUAUUGAAAGGUUAUUGGCGGCAAAAGGAGAAACAGUUCGAAAAGUGCUAAAUGAUGUUGAUGGAUACAUCGAGGUGGUUGCUAAAGCAGAAUUUGAUUUAAUACAACAUAAUAAAGAAAGAGAACAACGUUUAAUUGAAGAACAAGAAGAUAUACAUAAUAAAAAUAAAAAGGUUACAUCUUCGAAGGAAUUAGAAUAAAGAUUCUUUAAGAAAAGAAAUUUUUAUUUUGAUAAGAUAGAGUUAUAUAUAUAAAAAAAUAUCCAAAGUUUGGUUAACACUGAAAGAUUUAAAAGUUUUUUGAUCCUUUAAAUUAUAAUCAUUAAAAGAAACAAAAUUUUUUUCUAUUAUUCAUGUGUAUUACAUGUAAAUACUUCUAAUAUGUACAAUUUAGUAAAAAAUAUAUACUUGAAUAAAA